AUCCAAAAUGGCGAGGCCGUGGAACCAAGAUUUCAAAUUUUCUGAUAGAGAGAGAUGGGUGUGUAUUUACCCCGUUUACAUCAACAGCAAAAGAACGGUUGCUGAAGGCAGGAGAAUCCCAAAAGAUAAGUCAAUAGAAAACCCAACGUAUUCAGAGAUGAGAGAUGUGUUGGCGAAUGCAGGGUUAACAAUAGGGGUUGAGAAUAAAGUCCAUCCACGAGAGCAAGACCCACGUGACGGGCGGUUUCGAGGAAGGAUACGGAUCCAGCUUCGAGAAGACGAUGGUACCCUCAAGAAUGAAAACUUCCCAAAUAGGCGGUCGAUAAUGCUCCAUCUCGGGGAAACCAUACCCAAACUGAAAUCCCGUCAACAAGGUGGGGGAGGAUCUACGACGUCACAACCACAGAGCAGCGGAGGUCAAAAGAAACAGAAAAAUAAGAAGGGGAAACGAUAAAGUCAUGAAAACUUCUGUGAGAAAAGCCUACAGUAUAUCACAAUGAGUUCAUUGGACUUUGUGUUUUGUUGAACUGAGAACAUUGAUGAACUUCAGUCCUGUUUUUGAAUUUGUGCAAGAAAAUGAUAAGUCUGUUGUCGGGUGAUGUAAAAAUGACUUCAGUGCAUAAGUUUACAGCAAUAAAUGCCAGCAAAUUUGAAGGAGUUUGGAGAAAUGGAAUACAAAUACGUAUUUAUGAAUUCAAUUCAAAUGUAUUUUUAGUGGCAGCAGGCUGGGAAAUUGACUUCUUUGGGAGUGAUCAUGGAAUUUGUCCUAAUUUCUGAGAGGCAUUCUGGAGAAGUGUUUGUGCAUGUUAUGUUGGAAUUAUCAGAUUGCCUUGAAAUGUUUCUACCAACAAAACUGGGUUGUUUCACACAUACAUGUAUAUUGAUAUCUUAUUUAUAUCUUGAGUGACGAAAUAAAAAGUU